CAAUUCAAGAUUCAUUGGUUUACAAUAAUCAAUCAUUUGGAUAACACAAGUAUCAGAAAGAAAAUCAAUCAAAACCAAAUGAUAAGGAAGCAUUGUUUUCACUUUGAGCCACAAAAAAUAUGCAGCUUUAACAAAGGACUAUAUAAACUGGAGAAUACCAUGUUCUCUUGAAUUCCUCAUAUUCCCAUAGUUUCUUACGGAAUCCCAUCUCUUCCCUCAAUGGCUGGUUCAACGAGCAUCUUUUAGUGCUUGUCAUAGUCUGAAAUCAUGCACAAUUUCUUCCCCCAAAGGAUUUGAAUCUGGUUCCACUUUUGGUGGAGAAUCUAGUUACCACAAAGUGACUUUAAUGUUUUAUGACAUAGCAUAGUAUUGCAUCCUCCAAGUAUAUAUCUUCUUAUCCCAUACUCAAAGUUAAGCUCCGUGCGCAAUAUACACAUACUCACACAAGCGUGGUUCUAAAUCCACAACCAAAGAGAUUGUUUGGUUGGUGUUUCCUCCAAAAAUGGCAGUGGAAGAAGAGCUAACGAAAACGAAGGCCUUCAUACGCCAUGUUAUCACUGGUCGUUGGUUCAUGAUCUUUGCCUCAUGUCUCAUCAUGGCAGUUUCAGGGGCAACAUACAUGUUUGGUUUGUACUCCAACGAGGUAAAAACCUCGUUGGGGUAUGACCAAUCCACGCUCAACUUGAUAAGCUUCUUCAAGGACCUUGGUGCCAACCUUGGAAUUUUCUCUGGGUUGAUCAAUGAGGUAAGCCCCCCUUGGGUUAUACUAGCCAUGGGAGCCACUAUGAACUUUGUGGGCUACUUCAUGAUAUGGCUCUCUGUCACUUCACGGAUUGCCAAACCCCAACUGUGGCAAAUGUGUCUCUACUUUUACAUUGGUGCUAAUUCUCAGUCCUUCGCUAACACUGGUGCUUUGGUGAACUGUGUCCAAAGCUUCCCAAGAAGCCGUGGAAGUGUGAUUGGUCUUCUAAAGGGUUAUGUAGGUCUAAGUGGAGCUAUUUUCACUCAGCUAUACCAUUCCUUAUAUGGUGACAACUCCAAAACUCUUAUAUUCCUCAUUGGGUGGCUUCCUGCUGCUGUUUCCUUCAUUUUCCUUCCAACAGUUAGGGUGUUGAGUAUAACCCCACAACCCAGAGAGAUCAAGGUUUUUUACCAACUUCUUUAUAUUUCACUUGGGGUUGCAGGGUUUCUCAUGGUGUUGAUAAUUAUACAAAACAGGUUGAGUUUCACAAGGGUUGAGUACAUAGUGGAUGGCAUUGUGGUUCUUUUCUUGCUUCUUCUCCCACUUGGUAUUGUGUUCAAAGAAGAGUUCAGACUUUGGAAGAACCAGAGCCAGAACCAGAACCAAACCGUCCCUGAUCAUGCAGAUGCUGUUGCUACUGCUUCUGCCUCAGUUAUUGAAUUGCCACAGCCAGAAGAAGCACAUGCUGCUGCCUCUUCUCAUCUGGAAGGGAAAAGCAGCUCAUGUUUAAAGAACGUUUUCAAACCUCCAAAAAGGGGUGAGGACUACACCAUCUUCCAAGCUAUUUUCAGCAUUGACAUGUUGAUUCUGUUCAUUGCAUCAGUGUUUGGUGUGGGAGGAACAUUGACGGCUCUUGACAAUCUGGGACAGAUUGGAAAGUCAUUGGGAUACCCGAAAAAGAGCCUCACAACUUUUGUGUCUCUUGUGAGUAUAUGGAAUUAUCUAGGAAGAGCAUCUUCUGGGUUUGCCUCAGAAUUUUUGUUAGCCAAAUACAAAUUCCCUCGUCCCUUGCUCCUCACUCUAGUCAUGCUUCUCUCCUGUGUUGGCCAUAUUCUAAUCGCUUUUGGUAUCCCAAACUCACUUUAUUUCUCUUCAGUGAUUAUUGGGUAUUGCUUUGGGGCCAUGUGGCCCUUGAUGUUUGCCAUCAUAUCUGAAAUAUUCGGCCUCAAAUACUACUCAACUUUAUACAAUUUAGGUGCUGUGGCAAGCCCUGUUGGAGCUUACAUUCUGAAUGUGAAAGUCACUGGUUUUUUGUAUGAUAAAGAGGCUUUGAAGCAGUUGAAGAUGAAGGGACUCACAAGGCAAAAGGGAAAGGACUUAACUUGCUUGGGAGUUCAAUGCUAUAAGAUGCCUUUCAUCAUAAUCACUGCUUCAACCUUGGUUGGAUGCUUUGUUUCCUUCAUUCUAGUCUUAAGGACCAGAAAAUUUUACAAAGGUGACAUUUAUCAAAAGUUCAGAGUUGAACCAGACACACCACAGAAUCUUCCAACUUUUGCCACCACCACCACCACCACAAACUUCUCUCAAGAACCAGAUAAAAUCAACACCAAAUAAUGUAUGUUCAAUGCUUUACCUUUAUUCAGUCAAAAAACUGGUCUUACAAAGUUCAUGUUUAGAUAUUAAGCACCCAAAACUUCAUUUAUGUUCUUUUUUUGUUGAUCAAUGAUCUCGUACCUUCAAAAUGUAACUAUACUUCUAUUGUUCACAAUAAUCUCAUAUUACUUUGCGAAAAUAACUGUGGUAUGAACAAAAUUUGAAAGUCCAACAAUUGCUUUCGGUGGCAGAAAUCGUGUACAAGCAAGCUCUUACAUUAUCUGUCACCGUUGUAUAGAUUUUUUAUGGAGAUUUGUAUGUUCUUUUUUGUU